AUGGAGAUCCUCACCGCCAUUAUUCCUACAAUAAUCGAGUACACGGUUGAACCAGUUAGCCGGCAAGUGGGUUACAUAAUUCACAAUAAAAGUAACCUUGAAAAUCUAAGGAGUCAAUUGAAAAAAUUAGAUCUUGCCAAAGAGAGGAGGAAGCAUACCGUUAAGGAAGAUGAAAGAAAAGGUAAACGAAUUCAUACUGAUAUCCAAGACUGGCAGAAAGUAGCAGAUGAGAUGAUUGAAGAGGCAAAUACAAUUUUUGAAAAAGAAGGCCGAGCAAAUACAAAGUGUUUCCGUGGAGUAUGUCCUAAUCUGAUUUCCAAUCAUCAGCUCAGCAGGAAAUCAGCAAAAUUGGCAAGAAAGAUUGAACUCCACCAUGACCAAAAAGAGUUUCCCAUUGUUUCAUACAAUGCUCUCCCAGAAGAGAUGUGUGCCACGCCCUCUCAAAACUACAUGGCCUUUGAAUCAAGGAUUUCAAUGGUGAAGGAAAUCAUGGAGGAAUUUAAGAAGCCUGAUUCCAACUUGAUUGGCGUUUACGGUUUGGGUGGUGUGGGGAAGUCCACACUGGUCAAAGAAGUUUAUAGACAAGCUACAAAAGAGGAGUUAUUUGAUGAUGUGGUUAUAGUAUUGGAUGCAAAACAGUUUCCAGAGCUCGAAAGAAAUGAAAGAAUUCAACAGAAAAUUGCUGAAAAGUUAGGUAUGGAAGUUCAGGGAAGUAUGGAUGUGCAUAUAUGGAAUAGGAUAAAAGACAAGAAGAGUCUUAUAAUUUUAGAUGAUGUUUGGGAAGCAAUUGAUUUGGAGGUUUUGGGACUUCGCCCAAUGGCGACUUGUAAAAUAUUGUUGACAUCUAGAAAUCGAUUCUCUGAGAUGCGUACUCAAAAAGACUUUCGGCUUGAUGUUUUAGGCGAGAAAGAAAGUUGGGUUUUAUUUGAGAAGAUGGUGGGUGAUGUUGUUAAAGAUGGCCCUAUAAAAAAAGUAGCAACCCAAGUAGCCAAAAAAUGUGGAGGUUUGCCUGUUUUAGUUGUUGCAGUUGCAAGCGCUCUAAGAUCAUGUAGUACUUUAGAGGUAUGGAACGAUGCUUUAAGGCGCUUCAAAAGUUUUGACAAAGAGGACUUGAAAGACAAAGCGUACUUGGCUAUAGAAUGGAGUUACAAUCAAUUGCAUGCUAAGGAGCUUAAGCCAUUGUUCUUGCUAUGUGGAAUUACUGCAGGGGUUGGUUGUUCAAUUUUCCUCAGUGACUUGUUGAAAUAUGCUAUGGGUUUGAAUUUGGUGAAAAAUGUUGAUACGGUGGAAGAUGCACGGAAUGCGUUGCAUUCAUUGGCUGAAAAACUUAAAUAUUCUUGUUUGUUGCUAGACAUUGAUGAUGAUGGAAGAGUAAGAAUGCAUGAGCUUGUACGAGAUGUUGCUAUCUGGAUUGCAUUUAAAGAUAAUCACGCCAUUGCAAAAGCAUAUGGAGAUGAGCUGAAAGAAUGGCCAGAUAGAAAUUCCCUUAAAAAAUGCACUGCGAUCUCCUUGAACUCUUGCAAGAUCCCCAGACUUCCAGAAGAACCUUGGGUAUGCCCAGAAUUGAGACUUUUUGUCUUGGAAAAUCAUAAUAUUGAUGACUCCUUGGAAAUCCCAGGCAACUAUUUUGAAGGGAUGAAGGAACUCAAAGUGUUGGAUGUAACCAGACUGCGAAUUCCGUCACUGCCUCCAUCUCUUCAAUCCCUAACAAAUCUUCAAACUUUGUGUUUAGAUGGUUGCGUGUUGGGGGACAUAGCUCUAGUUGGACAGCUAACAAACUUAAAAAUUCUUAGCCUUUUAAAAUCUAAGGUGAAAGAGUUGCCCAAAGAAAUAGGGGAAUUGACUCGUCUACAAUUGUUGGAUUUGACUUGUUGCUCUGAACUUGUAGUGAUCCCACCUGGCGUUAUAUCAAGCUUGACAAGUCUAGAAGACUUGAGAAUGGGAAGCUUUAAGGAAUGGGAAGGAGGUUUAAAUGAUGGAAGAAGUAAUGCGAGCGUGUCAGAGCUGAAACAAUUGCGUCAACUAACUGCAUUACAUAUACAUAUUCCAGAUGCUAAGCUUCUUCCAGCAAACAUGUUCUCGGAUACGAAGUUAGAAAGAUACACCAUACUUAUUGGUGAUUGUUGGCUAUAUCCUGAUAAUUACGGAAGCUCCUCUAACAUGUUAAAACUCAAGCUCACUACGAGCAGUCAAUUCAGCCAAGGUAUAAAAUUGCUGCUUAAGAGAUGUGAACAUUUGGACUUGGAUGGGAUGGAGGCUGCAAAUAUUAUUUCCUAUAUAUUAGCAAGUGACAGUGGUAAACAACUGAAGAAUCUCCAUGUCCAAAACAACGAUGCUGUUACAGCUGUCAUUAACUCGAGUCAUGCCUUCCCCAACUUGGAGUCACUGUCUCUUUACAACCUUGUUAAUUUGGAAAAUGUAUGUUGUGGUCAGCCUUUUCAAAAGUUACGAUCUUUGACUUUGUGGAAUCUGCCAAAGCUUAUUGGUUUCUCCUCCAAAGGCAGCACGUCAGUUGUAAGUACAGAGGCCGAAGAAAUCAUUUUGGAGAAUGAAAUUGGUGGACCCACGAAACUUUUCAUGGAUGGAGAGGUUCUGAUACCCAACUUAACACGCUUGAUCUUGCAUCAAUGUGAUGGUUUAAGAUUCUUGUUUUCAUGUUCCAUGGCUAGACGUCUUGAGCAACUCAAACAUCUUGAGAUAUCCACAUGCCAAAUGAUGGAAGAAAUAGUAUCAACAAGUGGAUACAAUCAAGAACAUAGAGAUAACAUGUUUUGCAAUCUAAAAUCUCUAAAUCUGCAACAUCUUCCAAGCCUCACUAGAUUCUACUCCGGAAGUUAUAUUGAAUUUUCAUUAUUGGAGACAUUGCAUAUUGAGGAUUGUCCUAGACUGGGGACAUUCAUCUUUGAUAGAAAGAGUGAAAUUACUUCAAUAGGCAAAGAAAAUGACGAUAGGAACUCCAAGGAGAAUCUUGAGACUGUUAUACCACGCUUUCUUUUUGAUGAAAAGGUAGGAUUUCCUAGCUUGGAGAGCUUGAUCAUCUAUGAAAUACCUAAGUUGAGGACUAUAUGGCACUGCCAACUUGCCCCAGACUCUUUUCGAAAGCUCAAAGAAGUUGAAGUUUUGAGAUGCCAGAGUCUAAUAAAUAUCUUUGCGCCAAGUAUGAUGGGAAGAUUGAAUGCUCUAGGCACAUUAGUGAUAAAGCAAUGCAAAUCACUACAAGUAGUUUUUGACAUGGGAGUAGUACUUGGCGUUAAAGAAGCAUACGACACAUCAUCAACCACUAAGUUGAAAACUUUUGGGUGCCCAAAUCUGGAUUAUGUAGAAAUAAAUUCGUGUGAGAGUCUGAAAAAUAUCUUUCCAGUCUCAGUGGCUAAAGGUCUUCAGCAGCUAAGCGAGCUGUUCGUGGAGAAUUGUGGAAUAUUGGAAGAAAUUGUUGCCAAGGACGGACUAGAAAUGACACCUGAGUUUGUGUUCUCUAAAGUAACACUUGUGCAACUGCAACAUCUGCCCAAAUUGAGGAGUUUCUAUUUGGGGCUACAUGUUUCCAAGUGGCCAUUACUCAAAUCAUUGAUAUUCUUUGAAUGUGGUAAAGUGGAGAUUCUUGCUUCCGAAUAUUCAAGAUUCCAAGAAAGACUUGAUUCGGGUACACCAAUCAAACAACCUUUUUUGUUCGUUGACAAGGGUAAUCCAUUCCCCAACUUGGAAGUAUUGUACUUGGACGAGAACACAGAGAUUUGGUAUGAAGCACAUAGUCCACUCCCAGCAAAGUUGUUUAUCAAUCUAAAAGAGUUUGCAUUUUCUUGUGCACACCCCCAGUCAUUUCAUUUCCUUGAGAAAUUACAUAAUCUUGAAGAGCUCGUUGUUUAUAAUGGUCCUUGGAAAGAAAUAUUUGUGUAUGAAGGAACUAGUAGCGGGGAAAUAGAUGCAGUUGGGAGGACCCUCCCGCACAUAAAGAUUUUGUAUCUCAACCAAAUGAAGGAGCUGAUGCAUCUAGGGAUUGGGAAUGGCAACUCUGAAUCAGUUUUUCCGAACUUGGAAAUUCUAAAGGUGUACAAUUGUGGCAGAUUAAAGAAUCUAACUUCAUCUGCAAUAUCCUUUCACAAACUAACCACUUUACGCGUAGCAAAUUGUGAGGGAUUAAAAUACUUAACAACUUAUUCGGUGGCUAAAUGUUUACACCAACUCAAAAGCUUGGAAGUUGAGAAUUGUGAAAGCAUGAUAGAGAUAGUGGCAAGCAACGAAGAUGAAGAAGAUUCAAGAAAUUAUUAUGAGAUUGCUUUCAGCUGCUUGCAACAUUUGAAACUUUAUUAUCUACCAAGUCUACGAGGCUGUUGCUCAUUAGGAAAUUGCACUGUUAGAGUCCCAUCCUUAAACUCUUUAAUUGUCGAGGAAUGCCUGAUUGAGUUGAAGAUUUCCUCUGAUGGGUCACUGAUUCAAAGUGGUUCAAGACCAGAAAGACAACAAAUAAUGGAGGAAGUGGAAGAAAAAGAAGAAGAAGAAGAUGAUGGCAAUGAAACGUUUCACUCUGUUCCCGCCCUUGCCGCCAUUGCCGAUCUGAUCAAUGUUAAUUGUUUAAUACAAGCUUGCAAGCGGCCACCUCAAGGCACAGGCCGAAGAAUUUGGAAAUGGUUGUGUGAUUUGUGUUGGCAUUCAGGCAUUCCAAUUCCUGUUGUGUUAUGCUUGUGUUGCCAUGUCUAUAACUGCUUUGUGAUACAAGUGUGA